AUGGGUCGUCAAGGUGGUGGAAAAAAACAGAAGGUAAUAGUUGGACGAUGUAUAUUUACUACUAUUCCUCCAGAAAUGUUUAUAAAUAUAUGUCAAAACCUUCCUCCCGUUGACUUAUUAUCUUUGGCUCGAGUAUGUAAAAGAUUUAAUGGAUUUUUAAGUGCAGAAAAUUCAAUGACAACUCAAGAAAUUUGGAAAGCAUCUAGAGAAAAAUUUUUACAAUUUUUACAAAUACCACCUCCAAAUGGUAUGACAGAACGUCAAUAUGUAAGAUUGGUGUUGGAAAGAGGAUGUCAAUUUUGUGGAAAAACCAAAAUUCGGAAAGUUUAUUGGGAAUUUCUUGUACGUUGUUGUGAAGAUUGUUUAAAGGCAAGAACCUUAAGACAAGAAGAUAUUAGACAGGAUAUUAUGCCAAAUGUUUUAAGGGCUGAUGAUGUACUGUCAGGAUUGCCUUUCAUUCCAUCUUGGCAUAGAAGAGCAUGGGAUAGAGGAACAAAGAAUAGACCUUCUAGUCUUUAUUGGACUAAGGAUGUUAUAACUGCUUAUGAAGAAUAUCGAAAGAUUCCUGAUUAUCCAUAUGAACUCAAAAAUCAGUGGGUUAAAAAAAAGAGAGAAGAAGGUGCGACUAGAAUGAGAGAGGUUAUUGAAAGAAAAAAGGAAACUGAUAAAGAAUUAAGGAAUAAGAUUCAUGAAAAUUCAAUAAAAAGAAAUGAAAGAGUACUACAAGUUCAAUCCAAAAUUCAAGAAAUGAAAUCGGAAAAAAAUGAAUAUGGGAUUCUUAAAUAUGAUGAAAAUCUAACAGAAACUGCUACUUUCAAAAAGGCAAUGAAUUAUAUGAGUCGUAAGUCUCCACAACCUUUCACGGAUCGUGCUUGGACUUUGUUGAAAAAAAAAUUGAUAAAGGAAUACAACGAAUUAUCUAAAGAAAAGAGACGACAACGCGUUGAAAAAGAAAAAUGCUUGCCAAAGGAUACUAUAAUUCAAAUGAGACAAUUUGAUAUUUAUCAAACAGCCAAACAAUGGAUUCCAGAUUCUGAAACUGAGAAAAAGAUGGAUAAAAUUGAAAUUGAUGCGGCUGAAUCCGCCUUUACUUCGACAUCCACCUUGGAAACUUCGUCUAAUAUAAUUCCUGAUUCAACAACUUCGACUUCAAGUUCCAAUGUUUCGAUUAUAAAUAACGAAUCGAUAGCUGACAACAAUAUGACGAAUGAUACAACUCCAGUUAAGGUAGAGGACACAACUUCGUUGUCCGACUUUGCACCUACCAAAGUUGAAAAUACAGCUGAUACUAAUACUAUCAAAGUUGAAGUUGGAGACACUUCUAUGAAUAUUGACAACGUAACUUUAACUUCUGAUAAUACUCCUAUGAAGAUAGAUAACUUGAUUUCGACGUCAAAUACCGUUUCUAUGAAUGUAGAUAUAUCUGAUACCACCUCGGCCAAUGUUGAUGAUUUGACUUUAAUUUCCCAGGAUUAUUUGAUGUAUUAUCAGAUACCUGAUCCUUUUUCUUAUUCUAAUGAUAAUAAUGCAUCGUAUAGUACAGACACAAAUUCUGUAAUGUCAAUCGAUUCUUUAAUAUCACACGAUACAUCGGAUUUUUCUUUUAACCUUGGAUCGACAUCUGCUGCAGCUUCAAAUUCAACAUUAGGGCCUGUCUAUACUGAUUCAGUAUUUUACGAUGAUCCAAUGGAUAUUGUUGAUGUUGAUCAUUAUGAUCCAUAUGCUUGGGAUGAUUAUUUUAUAUGGGAUCAUCCUUUAUUUGUCUCUGCUUCAACCGCAAAUUCUAAUGUUCAACAAGAUGAAAACAGAUUUUAUGUUGAAAAAUAUUUACCUUGGUGUCCAUCUUUUAAGAAUCCUCCUUUUCAUGAUGGUAAUCCCUAUAAUUUAUGGGAUGAAAACUACCUUAUGAAGACUUUGAUGCCGCAAAUUUGGUGUGAGGCUACACAUUUAUUAAAUAGUUUUAGUCAGGCGACAACUGUACAGGGUGCAGUACUUGGAGGUUAUAGAGAGAAUAAUAUGUUUAAAUGUAAAGUAUGCGUUACGGAAUUUGCAAAAGAACAAAGACUUAUCUAUGAUACCAAAAAAUUACGUUCUUAUAGAGAUGUAAGAUUACAUUUGAUUGAGUUUCAUGAAAUUAGGAGUAUAAAUGAUGAUGAAAUGAUUGAAUUUGUGCCUGAUUUUAAUACUAGUAUAUCUCCUGAUCCUGUGUUUAAUAAUGACAUUAAAAGGAAGUUAUUUGCAAUUGGAUUUAAUUUUAAUUUAUUGGAUGAUUUAGUCAAAUAUUAA